CCCAUUCUUCUUCCAGUAACAUUACACGUUAUUAAUUACUCCUUCAACUAGAAGUUAAACAAGACCUUAGAGAGAGAGAGAGAGAGAGAGAUCAUGGGGAGUAUAGGAGAGAUUCAGGAAGAAAUAGAGAGGUGGGUUUCUCCUUCACUUUCACCUUCACCGGGAAGAACAUCCAUGCCUCUGUCUCUGAACCACAUCUCAUUUGUUUGCAAGUCUGUUCCUGAAUCUGUCAAGUUCUAUGAAGAUGUUCUGGGUUUUGUUCUCAUCAAAAGACCUUCUUCCUUCAAGUUUGAAGGAGCUUGGCUGUUCAACUAUGGUAUCGGCAUCCAUUUGCUUGAAUCAGACAAGGCACCGACGAAGAAAAGUAAGAUCAAUCCAAAAGACAACCACAUUUCAUUCCAAUGUUCAGACAUGAAUCUUGUCAUAAAGGAGCUGGAGAAGAAGAACAUCGAGUAUGUGACUGCGGUUGUCGAAGAAGGUGGCAUCACAGUCGAUCAGCUCUUCUUCCAUGACCCUGAUGGCUACAUGGUCGAGAUCUGCAACUGUCAAAAUCUCCCAGUUCUUCCACUUCCUUCAUGCCCUCUGAUCAAGUCACCUAAACCAAGUGCGAGCCUCGCAUCGUCACCGUCUCUGUAUGGGAAGCAAAGUUGGGAGCUGCGAUGCUUUGCAGAAGUUGCCUCUGUGAUGAUGGACAACUUGGUGGUGGACAUGAUGGACAUUUCAAUAUGAAGAAUCAAUCCAUGGGAGCGCCUAGUUUUGUGCAGCUUGCAGGAUUGUUUUAUAUUGAGUUUUGUAAAGAGAUGUUGAGAGCAGCUCUGUAAUGUAUGAAAAACCAGUAGGAUCGAGGGAGAUUUUCAAUUUCUACUAUAUAAUUAAUUAUUAUACACUGCUCGGUUUGAUCUGCUGUCCAUGUUCAAGGAAUUAAAAUUAAAAAUCCACUAUCCAUGUGCUUUC